CCUUCCUCUCUCUCAACCCGCGGAGAACGCGCGGGCUGGCUACGGUUCCAACGGUCACGUCUGGUGAGCUUCUUGCCAGCCUGGGAAUCGUUCACCGUCUUUUGUCGAGUCUACAUCUACAAUGGCUCCGAACCUCCGCUCCUCCUCCCGCGCCAGGUCAAAUACUUCUCGACCAGCUACUCCUCUGAACGUGCAAGCGGCCGUGAAUUCUUCUUCUCUUACAGACUCUGCAAGACCCAGGAAGCAACGGCGUACUGGUCGAACUUCACGGAUUGGAGUCGAGUCGGCGCAAGAUGAACCUCGCGAGGAUCAAGGACAGCAUGAGCUCCCAGGAGCAGCAGGACGACAGUCGACUGACGUCCGGACACCUACACCAACCACUGACUGGACUGAACCUCCUCUGCGUGCUGCAGCACCUAGCUACGUUGACACUCCCUGGUCAGCCGUCUCAAGCUCUGCCAACCCCGUCCUGUCAGAUAUGCGACCUCUAGGGGCUAUGCCUAAUGCUAGCGAUCUCCGGAAAGCUGGACUUUCAUCAUCUACCACCAAAACAACUCCUCGUUAUAUCAUCGUAAAGAAACGGACCAACACUGGUGCCACUGUCGCGAAUGGCAAUCACGUCAGAGAACGACCGAAAUCUGCUUCAGCGUCAACUGAAGAGCCGGCAAAGGGUACAGCCAAUUCCAAGCCCAGCGCCAACCAGCUCCCCGAGAACACGACGGAGACCGACGCCUUCGACCUACGGGCACUCCCGGUUCCCCAUUCGGCGCAGUACAACGUCGAGAAAAUCAAGUCGGUGGUUGAGAAUGCUCUCCGCCUGGCUGAGGCUUCUGGGGACCGGGCAGUUGCCCGUGGUCUUCGUCGCUUGUGGACCGAGAGCGACAAGAACGGCUUUUUCCUCUCCGUUCUCGACGGGGUGGCCCGUCAACAACCGGCCGACGAGCACAAAUCGGCGUUCCAGGGGGCGAUGCGCGAGGCCUUCAAGUCUCUCCGCGCAGAAGAGCAGUCUGCCGGCAAGGUCAGCACGCCCCCUCGGACCCGAACCCGCUCGGCCACGGCCACCUCGUCCCUGUCGUCGGCAAAGUCGCUCGACGCAGACACCUUUGCGCCGGCCAUGGGCGCAGGAGAGAAACCUCCCCCCAAGCCCAAGGGCAAGGGCAAGGAGCCUCUCCUGCGUUCGACCGCACUCCCGGCCAGCGAGGCCUCUCAGCAGCGCAAACGCGCUAGGCAAGAAGACCCCGAGUUUUCGGAGGAGGCCAUCGCCGAAAAGAAGAGUCGUCUGCGUCGGACGUUCUCGGAUCUGGUAGCUCGAGAGAGCCGCCUGCGGUCCUCGUUGGGACCAGAGAGCCGGUCGUCUCCUGGUCCGGAGUCGGGGACUCCCAACGGUGAGAGGGUCAGGGACCCUCGAACCCGCGGUGAGUCCCAGGACAACAACGACUUCUGUCGGCAGUGCGGCCGAAGUGGGCAGCUCCUCUGCUGCGAUGGAUGCGUCAACUCCUACCACUUCUCCUGCUUGGCGCCCCCCCUCGACCCGGCCAACUUGCCGGAGGGAAAGUGGUUCUGCCCCUCAUGCUCGAUGAGCGGGCCUUUUGGGGCGUUGCUGGAAGCAUUGGACAAGGCUCCCGAAAGGGACUUCCAGCUCCCCCUCAAGACCCGGACCUACUUCGAGGGCGUCAAGACGGGAGAAGAUGGGAGGUACGAAGAGGUACACCCGCGUGUCAAGAACACCGCCCGCGCAAGGGGCGGUCGUUACGGGUUCCUCGACGACCAGUACCGUCUGCGGCUAUUCGAUUCGAAGAACAAGUUGAUCGUCUGUGUCGCUUGUGGCCGUACCACGAACGGGGUUCGCCCGAUCGUCCAGUGCGACUACUGUCCAUGUGCAUUCCACAUGGACUGUGUCGAUCCACCACUGGCGAUCCCGCCGCCGCAGAAGCCCGGCAGUGACAAGGCUCACCACAACUGGAUGUGCCCCAACCACGUAGAGCACGAGCUGUACAAGAUCGCACCCGGAGAGAACGGAUAUGGGCGUGCCCAUCGAAUCCGCCGGCCCCGCCAUCCACGCGUGGUUGAUGUCGACGUCCUGCCGGAGGACAGCGAGGCGGAGGAGCUCGAGGAGCAGGAGUCGCAGGGAAUCGUGUACCGCGUCUCGGAGAAGGGGCUCAAGCUCAAUUUCAUCGAGCGUAUCAAGCGCGAGAACUUGGAAGCCGAGAUUCGGGCCGCUGGGGCUGCUCAGUACAGUGAGUAUGCCAAGAAGAAGCUGGACCAUCUCGUCGAACAGGCGACUGCGUUUUACGCCUCCCAGCCUCCCACUUCGGAGGUCUUCGACAACAACGACGCCGCAGCAGACGUCCUGGCCUCUCGGUCGGCAGCUGAUCGUGAAGCUGCCAUGAACCUGGCAUCUUUUGCCCAGGGGAACCAGGCCACGACGAACCUGCAGCCUGACAAGAUCGGCACGUUGAUUGACCAGCUACGAGCCAACGCUCCCAAAGACCUUCCCAAGGCAGAGACCGAGCUUGAGUCCCUCCACGCUCUACAAGAGCUCAUCAACCGUCGUAUCCAGACGCUCACCGGCAGUUCGUCUGACUGAACAAUACCAACAGGAGAACCGGCCACUAUCUCGACUUCAUCAUCGGACCUCAUGUUCUUAUUAUGGCUCACCACGACUUACGCCUCACUUCACUCUCCUCUUCAUAUCUUCAUGUCACUCAGGGACGAAGAAAACAAAAAGUUGAAGCAAAUGCGUCUUCUUAUCUCUUUUCAAUCGGCGAACGCACAGCGAUGU